UUUAGCUGUCGACUUUCUGCGCUCGGCACGCAGCUUCGUUCGCUUCGUACAAGUUCUCUCGCCCUCUCGAGCUCACCUCGUCCAGCUGCUCUCCGCUUGCUCUGCCCAUGCCGUGACGUCCCGUACGUUCUAUCUGGUGUGCCCUCCCUCGAGUCUCCAGGCGUGUGAACCUCUUCAUCUGCAAACGAUUGGUAAAGAGCUUUGGCCCCAUCCAGUCUGCUUUGGCUUUGACAGCGUGAGAAUAUAAAAAGGACGCACGCACGCAAUGGAGUGGGCCAAGCUAGUAGCCUUGUGCCUGACAUUAAAGCUGACAGCAGCCGCACCCUCGAAGCGCUGGAAUCUGCCAACGGUCGACUUGGGAUAUGAAAUUCACCAGGCGGCGGUGUACAAUGAGGAGCUGAAGUUCUACAAUUUCAGCAACAUACCUUUCGCUGCGCCGCCCCUUGGCGAAUUGCGCUUUGCCGCACCUCAGCCGCCGCUCAAGAGCACCAGCUCCGAGCCGAACACGGGAGCCGGUAUCAAGAUAUGUCCCCAGGCGAUCCCAGGCAACAUUGAGAUUGCGAGCGCGUUCGGCACAGACUACAUCGUAGAGCUGUUCCGUGGAAACGGAACGGCCAACCCAGACCUGAUUCCUAUCAACACAACGGUGGCUCCGUUUUCGUACACGCCGAAUCCGUUCGAGACCGAAGACUGUUUGUAUCUCGAUGUCGUCGUUCCGGAAGAGAUCUUCAACGCCGGUCCUUCGGCGAAGGCGCCGGUGCUCGUUCAGAUCUAUGGAGGUGGUUAUGUUUUUGGUGACAAAGCAGGGCUUACCGGCACCACUGGUAGGCCUGAGGGACUGCUCGAACGAAGCGGCAACAAGAUCAUCUACGUGACCAUGAACUACCGCCUUGGUGCUUUUGGCUGGUCAGCCGGACCAACGUUCCAGGCAUCCGGGGGCACGGCGAAUGUUGGUCUACUGGAUCAGCGCGCUGCGAUUGAGUGGGUUCAAAAGUACAUCUCGAAGUUCGGAGGCGAUCCCGAGAUGAUCACAUUGAUCGGUGAAUCAGCUGGUGGCGGAAGCAUCCAACAUCAGAUCACCGCUUACGGAGGCAACAAAGGCCCAAAUCCAUUCCAGCGAGCCAUUCCGCAGUCACCAGGCUUCCUCCCGAUAAGGUCCAACAACUAUACUGAGCAAACUUUCCUGGACUUCCUUCGCUAUGCCAAUGUUUCCUCGUUGGAAGAACUGCGCGCCUUACCGACCGAGAGACUCCUUGCUGCGAACGCUCAGCAGAUCUACAAUACCAAGAUCAUCGGCACGUUCACUUAUGGGCCUGUGGUCGACGGAGAUUUCGUGCCAGACCUGCCUGGAAAUCUGCUUGCGUAUGGCUAUUUUGACAAGAACGUCUCCAUUCUUGCCGGGCACAAUAUGCGCGAGGGAUACACGUUCACUUCGCCCUUCAUGCAGAACGAUUCCGCCGUCAUUUCACAGCUGAAGUCCAUAUUCCCAGGCGCACCGCUAGACGUCCUUCUCUAUGUUGUCACUGACCUCUACCCGGCCAUCUAUGACGGCUCGCAGCCGUACAGAAAUUGGUUUGAACGUGCAGCCCUUAUGACUACGGAAUUUUCGUUCAUCUGCAACGACUACUACAUGACCUCCGCCGUUCCCAAUCAAUCGUACGGCUAUCUCUUCAACAUCUUCCCCGCACUUCACGGCGAGGAUGUUCCGUACACUUACUAUUACGGCUAUCCGCCCAACGCCACAGACUUUUCAGAAGUCCAGAACGCAAACGCCGCGUACACUCUGCAGGACUGGGAGCUGAGCUUCGCAAUGGGAGGUGCCCCCACCACGACGGUGCCAGGCUCGCCAAACCUGCCGUUGUAUGCGAACAACAGCCAGAUCGGCAUGCUGAACGGCUUGCUGGGCUCCUUCCAAGCCACCCUUGGACCAGACAAUGCAAACAACGACAGGUGCCGAUGGUGGCAAAAGGCUCUGUACGCGUGAUUGUCUGAAGCUGACCGUGUAGAUACAAUGAUCUGAUCCGCAAGAAAGACUAUCUAUAUAUAAUGAAACUAAG